AUGAUUCCUUUGAUACUGUAUGCUUCUGAGACUGGAAAUGCUCAAGAUACAGCUGAAAGAGUAGCUCGAUCAUUUCGAGCUCAAGGCAGGAAAGUAACAUGUCAAUCGAUGGAUACUUUCCCCAUCUCAUCCUUAAUCCACGUUCCCUUAUUAAUCUUGAUCACGUCAACUCAUGGAAGAGGCGAUCCACCACCUGCGAUGUUACCUCUAUGGAACGCUCUAUUGAGAUCGAAUUUACCUGAAGAUAUAUUAGAAGAUGUGCACUUCUCCUUAUUCGGUUUAGGUGACAGUUCAUACGAAAGAUUCUGUUAUGCCGGUAAAAUUCUGGCUAGACGUAUGGAAGGCCUAGGUGCAAACAAACUGAGUGAAUAUGGCUGGGGUGAUGAGAGAUCUCCUAAUGGGAUUGAAGACGCUUUCUUACCAUGGCUGAAACAAACACUGGAUCUAUUCUUACCUUACCUGCCAAUAUCAUCAGAAUUUCAACCCGUGUCUUCGAUAGACCUACCGCCACCGAUAUACUCUUUGACGCCCAUCGCUGAAUCGUCGAGAAACGGGUUUCAACGAGAUAGUGAUAUUCCCAUUGAUCUCGAUCGACUUUCUAUCUCUCCAACGUCAGAUGAACUCGUCGCUCCUACUCGCGUUGAAGAUGAACUCCGUAAGAAAGGUGAGGGAAUAACAAAACCUGAUGAUUGGGUAUGGACCACACUGAAAAAGAUCGAAAGAGUUACGAAAGAUGAUUGGUGGCAGGAUGUAAGAGAAAUUGAAUUUGAAUUUGAAGAUGAAUCAUUGAAGCCAUAUCUGCCCGGAUCGAUAUGUUCUCUUCAACCUCAGUCAAGCGAAGCCGAUGUUGAUUCCUUUCUAGAACUGAUGGAUCUGGAACCACAGGCCGAAAUACCUAUGACUAUCAAAUCUCUGCUUGAAGAACAACAUCUUCCAUUACACCUCCCGCCAUUAAACAAGCCCACCACACUGCGCUCACUACUGACGAAUCAUCUUGAUAUACAUUGUUCGCCGCGUAAAAGCUUUUUUGAGUGGUUGAGGAGACUUUCACUUGAUGAGCGAGAACAGGAAAGAUUAGAUGAGUUCAUAGCUGAUCCGGACGAGAUACACACAUAUGCUACUCGACCUUCUAGAACAAUAGUGGAGACUCUAGCAGAUUUCCGACAAACGAAAAUCCCGUUAUCACAUCUCCUCGAAAUCUUGCCGCCUCUGAGGAGAAGACAGUUCUCAAUAGCCAGUUCGUGGGAGGCACAUCCCGGCAAAGUGCAAUUGUUGGUCGCUCUGGUUGAAUAUAAAACGAAUCUGAAGAUACCGAGAAAAGGUUUAUGCUCACGUUGGUUAGACGAAUUGACUGUUGGAACGAGAAUACCGAUACAUAUCAGUCAACCCACGUUAUUCUUACCGCCGAAUCCAGAGAUCCCUGUGAUACUGGUUGGACCGGGCACAGGUGUAGCUCCUAUGAGAGCUUUCGUGGAAGCUCGUGUCAAGCAAGGCGCAAAAGAAAACACUGCACUGUAUUUCGGAUGUCGAUCGAAAAACGCCGAUUUUUAUUUUUCGUCUGAGUGGGAAGGAUAUGCCAUGCGGGGCGUCAAUAUACACGUCGCAGCAAGUAGAGAUCAAGGAGAGAAAGUGUAUGUGCAACAGCUCAUCAAAGAGAACAAAGAACAGGUAAAGAAUUGGAUAGUGGAUAGAAGUGGCUAUGUUUAUAUUUCAGGGUCAUCGAACGCAAUGCCUAGAGAAGUGAGAGAAGCUAUAGCUUGGUGUAUAAGUGAGCAAGGUGCCGGCGAUCUCACAGAAGGAGAAGCUAAAGAGUAUGUGGAACAGAUGUUUGAGGAUAAAAGAGGCGGUGAAGAGAGUUGGUGA